GCUGUCCGGCUGUCUGGGUGUGAGUGAACGCCCUCUAGUGGAGCUGAGCUGUACUGCAGAGCUGUCGGUUUAAAUAUCAGCAUUUCAAGAGGUCUAUGGUCCAACGUUGAAGACAGACCAUGUGGUGUUUGGAGCUGCUCAUACCACUGCUGUUGAUCAUCAAUGACGGCAGUUGCCAGUGGAACGUUUGGGUACCUCGGGACAUCUCGGCCAUGACGAACUCCUGCGUGGUCAUCCCGUGCACCUUCAUGUAUCCGUCUAGCAUCCGGCCGUACCGCGGCACUCACGGUAUCUGGUACUUCGGCCAGCCGUACCCGCAGCUCUUCCCUCCCGUUGUCUUCAAAUCGCGCACGGACGUCGUGCACGAGAGCUUCAAGGGCCGCACCAAGCUGCUGGGCGACCUGCACCAGAGGAACUGCACCCUGCUCAUCAACAACAUCGGCACGGAGCACUCGGGGAGAUACUACUUUCGCGCUGACCUCGGUGGAGCCAACAUGUACACGUACCCAGACUUCUCUGAGCUCAAAGUCCUGGAUCAACCCAACAUCGACAUCCCAGAGGAGAUUGUCAGCGAUGAGAGUCUGGAGCUGACAUGCUACGCUCCAGACAACUGCCCCGACAUGACUCCAGAGAUCCAGUGGAUGUACACCGACUACCUGCCCGACCCGGAGUUCAGCUCCGACUACCUGGAGGAGAGCAACACAGCGGUACUCUCCAGCACCCUCACCUUCAUACCCCGACCCAUGCACAACGGGCAGCUGCUGGGCUGCAGGGUCUACUACCCCAACACCACACUGGUCUACGAGAGACUCCUCUCUCUUGACAUCAAGUACGCUCCGCGCUCUGUGCGGGUGAACGUGUCCUCGGAGGUGAUGGAGGGCAGCUCGGUGAUGCUGCACUGCGAGGUGGACAGUAACCCGUCUCCCAGGAUCUCCUGGAUGUUCGGAGACCAGGAGCUGCUGUGGGACACGGCGUCCAACGUCUCCCUCUCCCUGGACGACGUGACGCCGGCGCAGGAGGGAAUCUACACCUGCCUCGGGGACAAUGGCUACGGCCUCAUGAACACCUCACUAUACCUGUCUGUCAAGUACCCUCCCCGCGAGCCCGUGGUGAACGACUCCAUGACGGUGCAGGAGGGAUCCUCGCUGGCUCUGCACUGCAGCACCCAGGGCAGCCCGGACCCGACACUCACCUGGCUGAAGGACGGGGAGCUGGUGGGCACCAUCACCGCCGACGAGCUGUCGGUGCUGCAGCUCGCAGAGAUCACGCCCCAGGCGGACGGACAGUACCGCUGCCUGGCCGAGAACGAGCACGGGAGAGCCAGCAGCUCCUUCAACAUCACUGUAGAGUAUGCUCCGGUGCUCCUGGAGGAGUCAAAGUGCACCGUGGUACGGGAGGGCGUGCAGUGCGUCUGCAUCGCCACGGGGAACCCUGAACCCACCAUCGAGUUCUACCUGCCCGACCUGAACAUCACCAUCAACGAAACGGACGGCCGGUACAACUACUACACGCACACGGAUGGACACACCUCCACGGGAAUGAUCAAGCUGCGGGAGAAAGGCGAGCGGGCGGACAACGGCGGCCCCGCCGUCAACGUCCACUGCAGCUUCUUCAACUUGUACGGAAGAGAGAGCGUACACCUGGAGCUGCAGCAGGAGAAAAAGUACAUGAUGGCAGUUAUAGUCGGCACGAUUGGAGGAGUGGCGGUCAUAGCCUUCAUCAUCGCAGCAGUGAGAUACGUUGGCCACAACAACAAAAAAGAGAAUGGCAACCCUAGGCAGGACGUGGUCCUGGAGAACCCCGCGUUGUACUACAGCGCAGUCAAGAAGGACAAACAAAAUCUGAGGAAGAAAGUGCUUAAGACAGAGCUGUUGGGCUCAAAGUUUAACUCCAUUCUAGAGGAGACUACGGGAGAAGACGGGGAUUAUCAACCUGUGGGCUCUAUGGCAGGACUGGAGAGGAAAGAGCUGAAUUACGCUGCUCUGGAGUUUACCGGGGCCAGGCCCAGGGAGGGGGCCUCAGGGAGGGGGGAUGAUGGCGGCAACUACUCGGAAAUCAAAGCCAAAUGAAUCGCAAUCCUUCCCUGAUCCCUCGGCUAUGCGAGAUGCAGUGGCAGCCCCAACACACGCUGUGUAAUAACCCCCACGUCCUCUCCUGGAUUUCACCCCGCAUUUGGUGACUCCUUGUUUCAGAUUUCACGUAUAAUGUUCCCACUUUGAUGCCACUACUCCCCCCCCCCCCCCCCCAUGGAGCCCCUUCCUCCAUUGGACGCCCCCUUCACACGCCGUCAUUUGGGAACACUUUUUUGGGUCAGAUCACGACCUCACCGGACAAUGUCAAAGAAACAAAAUGCCGAGCCUCAAUUGCAGUGCACGGGCUCUAAAACAUGCAGCGUUAACCAUCGAUUGUGUUUGUUUUUUUGUCGCUUCCUCCACGUUCCUCCUCGUGACCGUUGACGGUUUUGUCAAACGGCAGACGUCUAAGCGCUCGCAUCUUUCUCACUAUUUGCUCUUCAGCCGUCUCUCAUAAGUGUCACUGUGUCUGCUGCCAGUCGAAGCAUCAGGGCAAGGAGGCCCGACGCUCUUUGUUCCCUUUUAUUUAUGUGUGUGUCUAUCAGCAGAGAGCAAAUCUCUCUUUUCUCUUUCCUUUGGUCAAUUACAUCCCACAAAUGAUAACCCUCUUCGGCGAGAGAUGGAAACGCAUCUCAGCGUCCUGUUACCACAUCAUUGUUUUUUUAAUUUUCGUAUGUAUGCUGUGUCUGUCUUGACUCAUGUUCUACUAGUUCUCCCUAAAGCAUGGGUUCUAGCUCUUUAAUUUAUCUGGAAAAUACAGACCAAAAGCACAAAAUAUUUGAAGCGCGAGUGGCCAAAGUGUUAUCUCUUUUGGACAAUGUGUGUGUGUGUAGGUGUACGCGUGUGUGUGUGUGUGUGUGUUUGUUCAAGUCGUGCUGAAAGAUCAUCGGACACUGAUCACUGAUCACCACUGUGGGAAGGUUGAGCAUCGCUUCACUUGAGGAGUUGAUGCUUCAUUCUCACAGGGUUGCCUCAGUUGUUUGAAUGACAAACACGAUUGUGCUAUUCAAAGACAUUUGAUGAACUUGUGAUGUAAUAUAUAAGCGUACUAAUAGUCUAACUUGAUAACGAUGGCGUCAAUAAUAUAUAUUAAGGAGAUGUAUAUUGAUAGGGAAUGGAUGCCAGUAUGUACAGUCACUACCCUGCAUGAUGGUUUUGCGAGCAGGCAUACAUAUACAUAUUAAACGAUGGCUAACAGCCGGUGUGGGAAGUGAACGCUUGUCAUACAUCAUACAAAUAGUUUAACUGGACACUGUCUUGAUGGGUUUAGUAAAUAGUAUCAACCUCUAACUAGUGUGCACUAAGUCAAAUCAGAGGCUGCGUUUACAUGCACAGUGACCUGCUUAUUUACUGUAUUUGCGGUUGAUUGGAAGUUCGAUUACCUUCUACAAUUAGCUAUCGUUUCUAUUAAAACUUUAAAAAGAACUCCAGCAAUUAAUAUUGCAUGUCCAUUGAAUUAGAUGACUCUGUAGAAACAUUACAACAACCAAAAAGCAGCAGAGAUCAAGAUGUUUUGACUUGAACUUCAUAGUAUGGGUCACGAUCCUGCAUUGCCCACAAUGCAACUAUUAGCAUCUUUUCGAUAGACCCUCCCCAGCUAGUAAACAUGUCUUUCAAACUUAAUGCACCUUUUCUUCAGUUUAUUCAAAGUUUCUGUCUGUAGUGUAAAUGCCAAUUGAUAUCUACUGUGUGCACCGUAUGUUGGAUUGUUUUAACAAUGUAAGUCAUGAACAGUAAUAUUGUCCUCUAAAUGAAAUGUGCAAAAGUUAGUUUUCAGUUUUGGGUUAUGUUUGUAUUUAUAAUCAAACAUUUAUAGUACAGAUAUACCUGAGCAGGUCUACAAAAUGUGGUAUGUGAUGCAGAAAGAGGUAUCGGGGGUUUUGAGCGUUUUCUAAACACUUCAAGCGUGAAACAGGUAAACAAUGCAGUCCUCUGUGCAUGUAAACAAAGCUAUUGUCAACCAGCUAUUCUGAAUCUCAUUAGUUUCAUAUGACAAUGUUCUGUUGACUUAAUGAUGGAAAUGCUGGCUAGCAUUCUUAAAUUGCCUGUAUUCUCAAAAGUCAAUAACCAGUUCCUUUCUUUGAAAGCCUCAUGGGGGUGUGGGUUAUAUUGUAUUAGAUCUUUUUUGUAGAAAUAUCAAAUAUGUGUUCCCUAAUCUUUUGUCAAAGUGUGUGGUAAAGGAAAUGUAUUAUGUCAUAUACUUGGUAAUCAUAAUGAUCAUUAUGGAGAUUUAUUUUCAACAUAUAUGAUUGACACAAUAAUUCAGGUCAGGGUGUUGGACUGUUACCUAAUGACAGUAGGAUUUCUGCAUUGAUGUUGUUUGCUUGCUUUUUUUUUUAAACAAGCCUUUGACGCCUCAAGCAAAUUCAUCUGUCUUCAGUUCCAUGCAAACAUAAAUAAAAUGAAAACAACACGAA